AUUUUCCUUUAAAAAAAAAUGGAAGGCAGGAAACCUGAUAUUACUGGAACGUCUCCAAGUGACAUCGCAGCGCGUCUUAACUCGCGCUACGGGAACUUGAACGCCCGCUCGUCGCGCGAUGUUACCGUGAUCGGCCAUAAGCGAAAUCCCUUCUUGGCUAUGCCCCAGACCGAGAUGGAGAAGCAGGUUGAACGCGAAGUCCAGGAGAAAAUGGAGAAGGAAAUGGCCGAAAGGCAAAAACGUAAGAAAAAUACGUACCUGGAGGGUCGUCUGGAGUUAUCGGCCAAGAUGGAGCUUCUGACUAUGAAUAAAGAGAAUUCACCGGAUCUGAAGACUCCAAAACGCUGCAUCUGCAAGCGUCCUUCGAAAAGCUUCAAGUGCGGCGGAUGCCUUAAAUUUUUCAAGGGUCGUAUUGCCGAUACUUGUCCGAGGCACCCUACGGAAACAUUCUUGAUGGACUUCCGCAUGUGUCCUUAUUGUUCGGGCCCCGUUGAUAUGAUUAAGCAGCAAGAUCAAGAAGAGGCCUAAAAGAUCACAAUGUAAUCUGUAUAACCUUUAACCAUGUGACUAAUAAACUGUUCACAAAC